AUGGCCUUCCUGGCUACCUCCAAGGGUGUAGCGGAGCUGUUGAAGCUGUCUUACUCCCACACUCUUUUGGCUUGCUUUGACACUCUUCAGACCAAACAUCUGACCAUCUGGUUGACUUUUGACUACAUCUCAGAUGUCAUUUAUAUUCUCGACCUAUUAGUCCGACUCAGAACAGGAUUUCUUGAACAGGGUUUGCUUGUCACAGAGUUGAAGAAGUUACAAGAUAAUUGCGUCAAAAGCUUGCAGUUUAAGUUGGACAUCAUUUCGAUCUUACCGACAGAUCUGGGUUACUUGGCAAUGGGACUCAAUUACCCACAACUCCGAUUCAAUCGCCUCCUGAAAUUGCCACGGAUGUUUGAGUUUUGUGAUCGUACAGAAACCAGAACAAACUACCCCAAUGUAUUUCGAAUCGGCAACCUGCUGCUCUAUCUGCUGAUUAUCAUUCACUGGAAUGCCUGUAUUUACUACGUUAUCUCCAAGACCAUUGGCUUUGGUUCUGAUAGCUGGGUGUACCCAAACAUCUCUGACCCUUACCACGGCUAUCUGGCAAGAGAAUAUAUUUACUCUCUGUACUGGUCAACGCUCACACUCACCACAAUUGGGGAGACACCAGCACCUGUCCUGGAUGUAGAGUUCUUGUUUGUAGUGUUUGAUUUUCUGGUAGGAGUUCUCAUCUUUGCCACGAUUGUGGGUAAUGUCGGGUCAAUGAUAUCCAACAUGAAUGCAGCUCGUGCAGAUUUUCAGGCAAAAGUCGAUGCCAUCAAACACUACAUGCAGUUCCGAAAGGUCAGCAAGGAGGUCGAAGCCCGCGUUAUUAAAUGGUUUGAUUACCUCUGGGCUAACAAAAAAACGGUUGAUGAACGUGAAGUGUUGAGAAGUCUGCCAGAUAAACUAAAGGCAGAAAUCGCCAUCAAUGUCCAUCUAGAAACUCUGAAGAAAGUGCGAAUCUUUCAAGACUGUGAGGCUGGCCUGUUGUUGGAGUUAGUAUUAAAGCUAAGACCUCAGGUCUUCAGUCCUGGAGAUUACAUCUGUCGCAAGGGGGAUAUCGGGAAAGAAAUGUACAUCAUUAAGGAAGGGAAGCUGGCAGUGGUGGCUGAUGAUGGGGUAACACAGUAUGUCAUCCUGAGCACUGGCAGCUGCUUUGGAGAGAUCAGUAUCUUAAACAUCGAGGGCAGUAAGAUGGGGAACAGAAGAACAGCAAAUAUCCGGAGCAUCGGAUACUCUGAUCUCUUCUGUCUGUCCAAAGAUGACCUAAUGGAAGCUUUGAUAGAGUUUCCAGAAGCAAAGAAAGUUCUAGAAGAGCGAGGCAAGGAGAUUUUAAUAAAAGAGGGACUGCUGGAUGAAAGGCGUGUGGAAGUGGUAAUGGGAGAGAAAGACAUGGAGGAGAAAGUGGAGAGACUUGAAUCAAACCUCUAUACCUUACAGACACGAUUUGCAAGGCUAUUAAAUGAGUACAACUCAACUCAGCAGAAAUUAAAACAGAGAAUCACAAUCAUUGAGAAGAAACUAAAGCAGUUCGAUAUUGGAUCUGUAUCUGAUUGCUCAGAUAGUGUGAACGAGACUGUGGGAACUAAACAUGAGAAUGAGAAUCAGUGA